GUAAUUGGGACCUUAUAAUGACUAUAAAGUAAAGAAGGGUUGGGUUCUCUCUGAGUUCGAGAAAGUGCAACAAAAUGGCUACAACCUAUAAAGAAUACCAAACCUUCCUCAACACUUGAACUACAUAAAAAGAUCAAUUUAAAAUAUCAACCUUGCCUUACCACUACUCUUCCUAUUCUUCUUCUUCUUCUCCCCUUCUCUUGAUGUGGUUAAAUAUCUCUACUUUAAUUAAUUAUAACCCAUAAUUAAUUAAGUAUUUAUUAGGUACUAUAAAAAAUAUGGUUAGCAGCCAUUAUUUAGUGUUGUUUAAGGUGUUAUUUUGGUUGGGAUGCGUGUGGUUUCUAUCCGUUGCAAGUCUCAAAACGACGACAACGUUAACUCUCCAUGAAGCGGAUUUAGGAAGCGAAAAACUUGGUUAUGAUCAUCAGUUGGAUUUAAACUAUAUGAUGAGCAAGCGAAAAGUUCCGAAUGGUCCAGAUCCCAUACAUAACAGGAGAGCUGGUAACUCAAAACGACCACCUGGGCGAGUAUAGCUAUGGUGGGUUAAAGGAUAAUGCAUGGUUGAUUAUGAGCACAAGUGCAAAAAUAGUGGCAACAUAGAAAUUACACUCAACAAUACCCCUUCAAAAGAUUCCAGGGAAAUAUUAGAGACAGCCUUUUAGAAAUUAUAUAGUUUAGUGUUUCACAUGUUUAUUUGUUUUCUUUUUAUUAAUAUUUAUAUAAUGAGAUUUAAAUAUGAAUUAA